AUGGAGGACUUGAAAACCAGAGCCAUCGACACGUCUCAUCUCAAACCCACGUGUUGGCUCCGAUACGUGGAUGACGUCUUUGUUAUAUGGCUCCAUGGAUCUGAAGAUUUCCAUGCAUUCCUGAACCACAUCAACUCCUUAUACCUUGACCUGAAGUUCACAAUGGAAGUUGAAACUAAUAACUCACUCCCUUUCUUAGACGUUCUCAUCACAAAGUCCAACAACUCCUUCUCACAAUUCUCGCACACGGUCAACCGAAAACCUACCCAUAUUAACCGCUACCUCAAUGCUGACUCCCAUUAUCAUCCUGCCCAGCUGGAUUCCGAUUUGAAUUCCCUCAUACAUCGUUCUAUAAUACUCACUGACAACCACAAUAGAUCCAGGGAACUAUACGUCCUGAAAGCCGUCCUUCACCAAAACGACUAUCCCAUCUCCCAAAUACAAAGAUCCAUCCAACGACACCAAAAACAAACCCCACCCCAAGAGUUACCCGAGGAACCGAUCAACCAUACAGAAGCUUUUCUCCCCCACAUCCAUGGAGUUACUGCAAAGUGA